UUUGCGCGAAAGAUAAAUUUGAGUUGUUUUGGAACUAAAAGUGUAAUGAUGGUAUCUGUGAGACAAAGCGACGGUGUUCAGUUGUCAGCAUUUGCUGUUAACGGCCACUUUAUUCAUCUUUAUAAAAACAGAACAAGAGAGUUAAUUAUAAAGUGCCUUGGUUCUGUGACAGACUUUACCAUGUCUUGUAGCAGAGGAGCAUGGGAAUUAUGGGUGGCUACAUCAUCAAAUCAUGUGUACAGAGUUGCAGAAACAAAUGUUAGAAAUGAUACACAUUCCAAACUGCAAUCAGCAAGAGAUAGUGCCCUUGUUUCAAAUCAAGAAAUAUUUGAUGACCUGCUUGAUAAUAAUACUGUACACCCAUUUUGUGAAACACUUCAUGAAGCAUCUGAGGCCUACAUUGUUUUGGAUGAGAGAUUCUGCAUUCUUCACAAAGAUAGCAUCAUAUUAUGUAUUGCGGCCAUGGAUGGCCAUAUGUGGUGUUUAGAACACAAAGAUGAUGAUUUCAGUAUCUGUGAUCAUCAAGUAACCAGUUCCAAACAACUGGAAACCAACAUGCAUGUAUCACCCAACAUGAGAUAUCACCUGAAUGUUCAGAGAAAAUAUCUGGAUGAUCAAAUUACAAAGUGCAGUUUAUAUUUGGCCAUAUCCCAGACAUAUGCAGAAUAUCACGACGUGUCAUCCUGCUCUGUUAUCCUCUCAACUCGGACAUUCUCGGUGUUGUUUGGCAUGGAGGCAGCUCUUGUUAACGCACCAGUCCUCCUGGUCUCAACUCCAGAUGGCUGCAUCUACUUUAGACAGUUAACAGAACACCAAUCUCUACUCUCCGGGGACUGGCAGAUACUCUGUGAAACGGGCAACAGUGUUUCCUUCAUUGGAAGCAUUAUUUUGGAAAAAGCUGACAGUGAAAACACAGAUGUGUUGUUUCCCCCGAUUUGCCAACAUGAUGAACUUGCCAGCGAUGCCAUUAUUGCCUGCUGUGACAUGGGAAAGGUAGUCAUAACAGCAGAAGAUCCGACAGGUCAUGUCAGCUACGAAACGUUGGUUGUACAAGGUUUAACUUCAAGUUGGUCCUGCCAUGGUAAACAACUGUUCCAUAGUUCCACGGUGUCCGUGUUCACAUCUACAAUCAACAGGAAAAGUGGUCGCCGUGACGACAAGACUUGGACAAAUCUCUUCAACAUCAAAACAGAACCUAUCCAUGACAUCAGUGUUUCUCAUAUGGUGCAUAUAUAUGACCCUUUAAAACAUGAUGAAAGUUUGCUGUGUUAUACCAGAAAUGGUGAUACUGUUGUCCUUGAAACUCGUCCUAGAGGUUUAUCACAAAGGUCAAGAGGGCUGAACAUAAAGGAACUAUUGUUGGGUCUUGACUACAAUAGCAAGAGACAGGAAUGUAUACAAAACCAACAAGAUCAUCUUAACAUGGUCCUACAACAGAUCAACAUGGCUUCGGAGUUAGCUUCCGAGAUGAAUCACACAUCACGGCUGAUUAAGUCUCAAUGCAGAGUUGAAUCUUUAAAGAAUGGCUACAGCAGGGAACACCACCUCAGUGUCUCAUUAACCAAUCAGAGCUCUUUUACACUGUCACCUGACUGGAACCUUCAUAUUCUGUUCACACUGAAUGACAAAUUGGAAACUAAAACAGAAUCACAUGAUUUUAUAUUAUCCAGUGGUCUCAAAGGCAAGUCUGAUUUCCAGGUGACUAUUCCUCUUUCAGAACCGUUCACCUUAUCAGCUAGAUUUACAGUUACAGUGUUUCUGGUUCUGAACCUCUGUAAAAAUAGCCUUACAGUCAGCUCAACCACUCCACCCAGUCUUCCACUGUUUCUCGAAUCACAUUCCAUUGAUGCACUCUUCUACAUUGAAGAUGGCCCUGGAUGUUCCAGUGGUUGUGUUUGUCGGGAUGACAUUCUGAGGCGACUAGCUGACGACCGACGUCCAGCAUGCUCCACUCAUCCUGGUUGUUUUGAGACGAAUACAGUAUAUUCUGCUGAUGUUUUCAUCCCUGUCGCUUCUCUACCCACAGAUCUUGUAGAUGAUGUUUCACCCAAGUUGAUCUUAAGAUUCCUUCUUCAAGACUCUCAGAUCAACCUGGAGAGUGUGCAAGACGGCCAUGGUCAGUUUGCUGAUUCUAGUGGAAAAUGUUUGGCACUUUCUGUGGAGAAGAAACCUGCAGAAGACUGUAACCACCUGGCAGUGUUCAUCAGAUCCAACUCUCUGUCACUUGUGGCAAAGUGUAAGAUGGCCGUAGUUCACAGACUUCAAAUGAGUACUUCAGAUGUGAGGCUAUGUCCAAGGAAACAGGUUCACAGCUUCUUACAACAAAUGGAGAAAGUUGGACAAUUUGUGAAAACCAUCCAAGAGACUUGCAGUGACAACCCUGAUCUCAAAAUGGAGACCAUCCAGUCAUUAUACUCACUGUAUGAGAACUUGAGGCAGGUGAAACUACACACUGUGGACACAUGACUUGUUACUUAAUCGUUUAUAAUAAAAUUCUUUUGUAAUA